CUCACGUGUUUUUCAUGUCGCCCCUUCUCUCGCUUUUCAGAAGACUCGAAAAACCCCCUUUCCCGCCAUUUCUCCACAACUACCAUUCCCGCCCUUUCAACCACCUUUUGAAUUCCUGCUCUUCCUUGCCAGACCUCAAGAAAAUCCACGCUCAAAUCCUCAUCAAUGGCCUCUCCCAAGACCUCCUCCUCUCUACCAAGCUCAUCGCUAUCGCCCGUUCGUCGUCGCCGACCAUGGACUACGCCCGCCUCCUGUUCGACAAAACUCCCCAACCAGACGUCUUCGCAUGGAAUACCUUGAUCCGCGGCUACGCUGAUCUGGGUCCCUGCGAACAAGCCCUAAUCCUCUACAAACGUAUGCAUUUCGCCGGACUGUCGCCUGACUACUUCACAUUCCCGUCCGUUGUCCGCUCCUGCGCAGUCCUGUCGGCUCUGCGAGAAGGGCAGGAGGUGCACUGCAAUGUCAUAAAGAACGGGUUCGAUUCGGACGUGUUCGUGCAGAGUUCGCUCGUUUCAAUGUAUGCCCAGAACGGGGAAACUUCGAAUUCGGAGUCGGUGUUUGACCAUAUGGUGGAAAGAAAUGUGGUUUCUUGGACGGCUAUGAUAGCUGGUUACGUGCAAAACGGGUUUUUCAAACAGGCGCUGGGUGUUUUUAGAAGGAUGGUGAUUGCAGGCACGCAGCCGAAUGCUGUUACGCUUGUGAGUGUCCUUCCUGCCUGCGCUGGAUUGGAGAUUUUGAAUCUAGGCCAGUUGAUUCACGGGUACGGGGUUAAAUUGGGCAUUGAUUCGGAUACUCCAUUGGUGAAUUCUCUGAUUGCUUUGUAUGGUAAGUGUGGGAAUGUUGAGAGUGCUCGAUCUCUGUUUGAUAGAAAGGCACCCAAGAACUUGGUUUCAUGGAAUGCCAUGAUUGCCGCUUACGAACAGAGCGGUGCGGCUGCUGACGCUAUAAAGCUCUUCCGGAGAAUGCAAACCGAACGGGUGAAAUUCGAUUACAUUACGAUGGUUAGUGUGAUAUCAGCUUGUGCUAGUUUGGGAGCUCUCAACACGGGGAGAUGGGCACAUGAGCUCGUCAAAAGCAGUGAGCUCGAAACCAACAUUUCGAUCCUGAACGCACUUCUAGAUAUGUAUGCCAAAUGCGGGAGCAUAGAAUCGGCGAGGGAUGUCUUUGAGAAGUUGCCCUGGAGAAGUGUGGUGUCAUGGAGUGCGAUGAUCAGCGCCUAUGCGGCCCAUGGCCAUGGGGAGGAUGCGCUACAGCUUUUCUCGAGGAUGCUAGAGGAGGGGAUCAAACCAAACAGUUUGACUUUCACUUCUGUCCUGACGGCUUGUCGGCAUUCAGGCCUUGUAGAUGAGGGGAUGAAGCAUUUCAACAGCAUGAGAAGAGACCACUCGAUUGUGCCCGGUGUAGAGCAAUGUGCAUGCAUAGUCGAUCUCCUGGGCCGUGCAGGGCGGUUAACGGAUGCGUAUAAAUUCGUCUGGAGUAUGCCAGUCGAACCCGACGUGGGUGUGUGGGGAGCAUUGCUCAGUGCUUGUAAAAUCCAUGGGAAUCUUGAGCUCGCCGAGCUCGUGGCAGAGCAUUUGUUUCGGUUGGAUCCGCAGACCAUUGCAUAUUAUGUUCUUAUGUCAAACAUAUAUGCAGAAGCUGGUCGAUGGGAUGAUGUGGCAAGGUUGAGGAAGCUGAUGGAGGAACGGGAGUUGAAGAAGAUACCGGGCCGUAGCUUGGUGGAGAUAAAUCGACGGUUCCACACAUUCCUUUCAGGCCUCAGAUUGCAUCCUUCAUGACAGAAAACAUAUCCAUUUCUUGGUUUCGACCAUAACUCGAUAUGUUGUGCAAUACUAUAACCAUUGGUUCUCAUUCAUCAGGGUGAUGGCCCGCCGGAAGUCUUAUGCUCCGUAGCAGACGUGCUCCUUGCCAUUGAAUCAGCUGGGGCCAGUAAAGGAUCUUAACCAAUGGUCUAUAUGAAAUCCAGACAUCGAUGUUGGCGGCGUUGAACUUAUCUACUGACAGAAUGAGAUGUAGCAAGAUAGGCAAGGGAGUGUUUGGUGGAGGGUUAACAGUUAUAACUGUUGGAUCGACGGUCCCACUACAUGAGCUGGACCAGAUCAACAGUCCAAAACAUCUCUUUGAUCAUCCUCAUUGUUGUCAUUUUGGCCACUGUUAAGACUGUUUUGUAGAAGGCUGUGAAAUUUACAGUAUCACAUGCCUAACAUCUGACGAGAAUCAAGAGCUACGAGAUGAGCUUAUUUAGAGGAUGAAUGCCGACGGUCCGUCGCUGAAAGCUCUGGGGACGGCCCACCUAAUUCCAAACAUCAUUGUAUUUGUAUCCAUCACAUGCUUAGGACUCAAAAACAAAGAAGAUUUUUUAAAUUGUUUUGGGCUCCAAACUACAGCUUUUAGACUAAUGCAGCCACUGCAAGUUCAAUUGGGAAUUGACGGUCAUGAUCGGACAAUUCUAGCAGGCUAGCCCUUGAUAGGGACCAAUCAGCCAGUGGCCCCCACCACAGACUAUGGAUAGGCUGAGAUUCACUUCGAUCGAAAUGUCCUACCUUUUGAUCCGACGACUUCUACUUAACUGAAUGUGGAUGUAGAACGUGUCACAGAUACAUUCCUAGCAUGGUUGGACCAAAAGAAGGUGGACGGUAAAUUGAUCAUAACUUUUGAUCCAGGUAUCGUUGCGGGACAUACAACCUAUCAAUCUUUACUAUAACAGGCCAUCCGAGGUGAACUGACUCGGCAUCUGUCCAUUUCGUCAGAAAACGCACCCUUUUAGCUCAAAAACAGAAUUUUAAGAAAAAUUAUUAUUAUUAGU